AUGAAUACAAACGUGCCGGUAUUCAGUGUAUCAACGAAGGAUUUACCAAGAUCCUUCGAACGCAAAGGUACAAAAAUUGUAGAUGCAUUUUCCAAUACAUACCAUGUCAAACCUGAUUUUAUCGCUAGGUCGCCCGGUAGAGUAAACUUAAUUGGUGAGCAUAUAGAUUAUUGUGAUUUCUCUGUUUUACCAUUGGCCAUCGAUGUUGACAUGCUUUGCGCAGUCAAAAUUAUGGACGAAAAAAAUCCAUCCAUCACCUUAACAAAUGCGGACCCUAGAUUUCCUCAGCGAAAGUUUGAUCUCCCUCUAGAUGGUUCCUACGUGGCCAUAGAUCCUUCUGUAUCAGAGUGGUCUAAUUAUUUUAAGUGCGGGCUACAUGUGGCACAUUCGUACUUGAAGACAAUCGCCCCGGAGAGGUUCAAUAAUACACCCUUAGUUGGUGCACAAAUCUUUUGCCAGAGUGAAGUUCCUACUGGCGGUGGCCUAUCAUCUGCAUUUACUUGCGCAGUGGCAAUGGCUACCAUAAGAGCCAAUAUGGGGAAGAAUUUUAGUAUUUCUAAAAGUGAUUUGACUCGUAUCACAGCGGUUGCUGAACACUACGUUGGUGUUAACAAUGGUGGUAUGGAUCAAGCAACUUCUGUUUAUGGGGAAGAAGAUCAUGCACUGUAUGUAGAGUUUAGGCCGGAACUAAAGGCUACACCUUUUAAGUUUCCUCAAUUGAAAAGUCGUGAAAUCAGUUUUGUCAUUGCCAAUACUCUUGUAAAAUCUAAUAAAUUCGAAAGUGCCGCAACAAAUUACAAUUUAAGAGUGAUAGAAGUGACAGUUGCUGCUAAUGUGUUGGCUGCUAAAUAUGGUGUUGCCUUACCAUCCCACAAGGACAAUUCCAACUCAGAAAGGGGCAGUUUAAGAGACUUUAUGGAUGCUUACUACGCCAGAUACGAAAACCAAGCCCAACCAUGGAAUGGCGAUAUCGAAACUGGUAUUGAACGUUUAAUUAAAAUGUUAAAGUUGGUUGAAGAAUCUUUUUUGGGCAAGAAAAACGGGUUCACUGUAGAUGCUGCUGCUACAGCCUUGAACUGUUCACGUGAAGAGUUCACUAGGGACUACUUGACGGGAUUUCCCGUCCGUUUCCAAGUCCUGAAACUAUAUCAAAGAGCUAAACACGUUUACUCUGAGUCAUUGAGGGUCCUCAAGGCUGUGAAGAUGAUGACAAGUGCGACGUUUUACACGGACGAGGAUUUCUUUACUGAAUUUGGUCGGCUAAUGAAUGAGUCCCAGGUUUCUUGUGACAAGCUUUAUGAAUGUUCGUGCGCAGAAACCAAUAAAUUAUGCUCCAUUGCCCUUGCUAAUGGCUCUUUUGGCUCCCGCCUGACUGGUGCCGGUUGGGGUGGCUGCACAGUUCAUCUUGUUCCUGGUGGCAUUAAUGGGAACGUGGAACAGGUGCGAAAGGCGCUAAUAGAAAAGUUCUACAACGUCAGAUACCCGGAUCUCACCGAUGAAGAAUUAAAAGGCGCAAUAAUUGUUUCCAAGCCAGCUUUGGGUUGUUGUUUGUACGAACAGUGA